UAUACAUCAACACUGUAUGAAAUUGUAUGAAAAUAUGUCCAUAAAAUCAGCAUGAAGUGCAUGAAAAUAAGUCCAUAAAAUCAACACAUAUCAAAGUAUAAUGAACUUUAGACUAUUUAGAUUUACUAAAUAAUCAAAAUAUCAAACAGACCAAUCAAAUAGUAGUUUGACUAUAUAUAAAAAAGAUUGUAUAGUUCUGUAAAUAUUUCAACAUAUAUUAUGAAAAGAUAAUUAUAUACUUUUAUUUCGUAUAAUUUAUCGAUCUGUUUCUUAAUCAACAAUGGCACGAGCACUUGUAGGUGUAAAAAGAGUUAUCGAUUAUGCAGUUAAGAUUCGUGUUAAAUCAGAUAAAACAGGUGUUGUAACAGAUGGAGUAAAACAUGCAAUGAAUCCUUUUGAUGAAAUUGCAAUUGAAGAAGCUAUACGAAUGAAAGAAAAGAAAUUAGUACAAGAAAUAAUUGCAGUUUCAUGUGGACCUCCACAAUGUCAAGAUGUAAUAAGAACUGCCCUUGCAAUGGGUGCUGAUAAAGGAAUUCAUGUUGAAAUACCUGGACCUGAAUAUGAAACUUUGCAACCUAUUCAUGUUUCUAAACUUCUGGCCAAAUUAGCUCAAGAAGAGAAAGCAGAUUUAAUUAUUGUUGGAAAACAAGCUAUAGAUGAUGAUAGUAAUCAAACUGCACAAAUGAUUGGAGGUAUUUUAGAUUGGCCAACUGGAACAUUUUGUAGUAAAAUUGAAAAAAAUAAUGAUGAUCUAACUGUUACACGUGAAGUUGAUGGAGGUUCAGAGGUUGUUAAAAUAAAAAUGCCAACAGUUUUAAGUGCUGAUUUACGACUUAAUGAACCACGAUAUGCUACAUUGCCAAAUAUUAUGAAAGCUAAGAAAAAACCAAUUAAAAAAGUAACAGCAAAAGAUCUUGGUGUAGAUACUACAGCAAGAAUUGAAAUUUUAUCAGUUGAAGAACCACCAGUUAGACAAGCCGGAACUAUUGUACCAGAUGUUGAUACAUUAAUUGCAAAACUAAAGGAAAGUGGACAUGUAUAAUUAUUAAUAUUGUUAUAGAAAAGUAUAAACAUUUUAUAAUAUCUUACAUUUAUUAUAUUUUUUACUAAAUUUUAUUUUAUAUAAAAAAAUUUUUUAAACAUUAUGAGGUAUACUAUAUAUUAUACUUUAAUAAAUUUUUUUCUAUAGUAAAUAAAAUAGUAGAUUCUUUCAUGACAUAACUGAUAUUUGUAAUGAAAUAACAUUUUAUAUAUUUCUUUGGUAAAUAACAUUUUCCUACAUUGAUUUUGUACUUCUAUAUCUCCAUACAUUAUUUAUGCCAACUAUUAUUUCAUAGGUUUAUACAAUGUAUGAAAAAAUUUUGUUAUUUACUGAUUUUCAUAAUUUCCACUUAAAUAGAUUUUUUGUAACAAUGAAUUAAAUUAUUAAACAUAAAAAUAAUAUAUUUUAAAUCUAAA